AUGAAGCAACAGAUAGCAGCAUGGGCAAAGAAAAUAAAAAAUAGUUCUUGGGUGUGGGAUGAUGUACAUUCUAUUGGCCAACACAAUCAUUUGAGUACCUUAUUGCAAGGACUUAUCCCCUCGCAAAGCAAAAACCUAUAUGGUACACACUUCAUCUUUAAUAAUCAGUCCAACUCCAACUUGGGAAGUGAUGGAUACGACAACUACCAAGCUCCAAUGUCAGAAUCGGGAAAUCCUCUAUUUCAGCGUAGAAUGUGGGUUAAUGGCCACUUGGAAUAUUUUGGAAAGGGGCCACAAAUCAAUGAUCUCAUACGAUGUAUAGAAAAGGUAAAGGCCGUUCGAACUGUUGGCACUAGUGUUUUCGUUACAAUUGACCGAGACUUUGCUGCUAGUAAUGGAAGCACAGUGUUACGAGAGCUUCGGACGUUGGUUUAUACCAAUGAGCUCUAUCAAAGACGACAGAUCGACAAAGAUCCUCAAGUUGUCCCAAGUGAAGAAGAAUUGGUGGCCGAAAAGCAAUUUCUGUUUUCUCUAAAUGAUGUCAGGCGAUUCAGUUCACUCUCGUACAACUUACACAAGAUUCACAGUGAUGUCCUGUACUGCCACCAAGAGAACUUGGCAAAUGUGAUUGCCUCUGGUCCUUUACUAGCGUCUCUAAUGCUUCAUUACUUCAGUAGUAUCUUUCCAGAUGUCAGAAUAAGAUCUUUCAAGUAUAGAAACAGUGAGCCGUGCUACAUCGAUGAGAGUCUAGUAAUGCAUGUGAGAAAAAAGGGUGCAAAUUACGAAAUUGACAUUGUCAAAGAUGACAGGAAAUUAUGUGGCGGGAUAGUUGUUUCCAAUGAUUAG